UUAAAAGUUUAAAUGUAAAACCGGGGUUAGUGUUCUUCCUUUCCGUAAAAAUGAUGGCUGUGUCACCUCUGCUUCACAUGCAACCCAUUCCAAUCCCUCCACUCCAAUCCCACCGUUCCCCAGUCUCCACCACCCUCCCCAAAAGGACCCUAAUUUUCCGUCAAAACCCUAAACCUAACCCCAGUAGACCAGCCAAGAUGGUGGCCCACGCAGGCAGCGUGCAGACCGCAGUAUCAGAGGCACUGAAGCUGAUCCAGUCGUCCCCUCCCACAUGGCAGUCGGCUCUCCUCAACAACCUCCUCAUCUUCGUUCUGGGUUCACCAAUUCUGGUCUCUGGCCUCUCUCUCGCGGGCAUUGCGGCUGCUUUCCUUUUGGGCACUCUCACUUGGCGCGCUUUUGGUUCGUCUGGGUUCCUUCUCGUUGCCACCUACUUCAUCAUUGGCACGGCAGUAACAAAAGUGAAAAUGGCACAAAAGGAGGCUCAGGGGGUUGCUGAGAAGAGAAAAGGAAGAAGAGGACCAGGUAGUGUUAUUGGUUCCAGUGCUGCUGGUUGUCUCUGUGCUUUUCUUUCAAUCUUUGGAGUAGGGGGGGAGGCAUUUUCUCAGCUUUGGAAACUCGGAUUUGUUUCCAGUUUUUGUACUAAGUUGAGUGAUACUGUCUCAAGUGAGAUAGGGAAGGCAUAUGGCAAAACAACGUAUUUAAUUACCACACUUAAGGUAGUCCCAAGGGGAACUGAAGGGGCUGUGAGUAUGGAGGGAACCAUAGCUGGACUUUUAGCAUCAAUUCUUCUUGCCUUUGUUUCUUGUUUCAUGGGUGAGAUACAUGCAGCUGAAGCAAUUGUAUGCAUAAUAGCUUCCCAAAUUGCUAAUGUUGGUGAAAGUAUAAUAGGUGCUGCACUUCAAGAGAAGCAAGGAUUUCAAUGGCUCGACAACAAUGCUGUCAAUAUUAUCAAUAUAUCUAUGGGCAGCAUUAUAGCCAUCCUGAUCCAGCACGUUGUGUUAAGAAACUGAGAAACAUCAAAUGCACCAUCGUCUCUCCUAGGAGAAUCUCAUCCCUUAUGCUCUAUAUAGGGGUACAAUGCAUGUUGCUCUGUUUCUCCUUACUCUGGUAUCAUAUCAAUGAAGUGGUGUUAAGCUCACAGAACAAUUGAUCUCCACAAAUGCAGCGAUAGGAUGCAAUUACAUGUUGUCAUUCUUACGGUAUCCCUUUAUUUUUAUUUUUUCUUAGAAAAAAAAAAAAAAAAAAAAAAAACAUCAUUCCCAUUGUAGGUGUGAAAUUACAAUUUCUCCCAAUUUUCAUUGGACAACCUUUGUUCCUGUAACAUACAUCGAAUUGAUUUGAAAAACACAAUUGCCAUGUUAUAAGCUUCCAGUCUUUUA